AUGAUAUUAGACGCUUACGAUAAAAUCUAUGUUUGGAUCGGCAAAGGAGCGAGUGUCCAGGAAAAAGCAGAAGCAACAAAUACUGCAAAGGUAGCUUUAGCUUCAUUUGUUUAA